GACCGGAAGAUGAACUUUUAUUGUUUUGCUCUACAUUACAAAGAAACACUUGAAAAGUGGUUAAAGAGUAUGAAGCAAAAUUCUUAGGUUCCCAGUAAAUACCAAUUCCUAUGUAGUGAACAUUUUACUCCUGACUCUCUUGCCAUCAGAUGGGGUAUCCAUUUUUUAAAGCAAACUGCAAUACCAACAAUAUUUUCUGUGCCUGAACACUGUCAAGUAUUGAAGGAGAAGAUAUUGCUAGGAAAAAAGUCUCAGAAGAGAAAAUUGAGAGAUGAGAAAGAAGUAUGCCUAAAAGCUAAGUCAAAAGAAUCAUUUAUAUCAAAUGAAGCAAAGUAAAAUAUAGGUGACAUAGAUAUACUCCCUGAACAUGCAGAAUAUCUUCAUUAAUGCCUGGUAAAGCCACCAGCUCUAAGAGUAGAAAGUCUACAAACUAAAAUAUUAACUCUUAAACAAGAUACCUUAAAACCAUCAAUGAAUCAAGAUUUAGAUGUAGUUGGAUUUUGUGCAUCUUCUAAAAAUCUAAAUUCUAUAACUAGUGCUUUGACAACUUCAAAUUCAAAAGACAUCAUUACCAAUCAUCUUGUUAAUCCAAACUUUACAAAUAAUUCCAUGGAAGCUGUUUGAGGUCAGGAAAAUUCAUCCCUCUUAAGCACAAUUAAAGAAUCAAACAUAAAUGACAAAUCAUUUAUAACCAUUAUACCCACAGAAAAUUCUAAACCUGUUAAUUAACAUUCUUUUAUACCAGCUCUCAAGGAAGUUGUAGAAAUGAAAGUCACAGACAUUGAAGAGUCCUUAAAUAAGGAUAUACACCAAAGUGCUGAAAUUUUACAAAUUGAACAUUCAUACUGCAGGCAAGACACAAGUAAGGGAUAUCUUUGGCAAAAAAAUAAAUCUAACCUUCGCUCAAAGAUCAAUGUUCUUGAGCAUAAGAGCAAAAUAGGAAGAUGAAAGUCUUUGGCUCUUAUAAACCAACUACAACAGGAGAACUGGCUAUCUGAAGAAAAUGUCAAGAUAAUAGAGAACUAUUUCACAAUGGAUAGAGUCACUAUCAUAUAA